ACUUUUGUGUUAGCUGUCAGGACUACUCACUUUCGUCUCGCACCUGUCUUCGUUAACCUCCUCUCCUUCCGUUAGUUCACUCACACACAGCAGUCAUGGCCGACCCCGCUAACGAGGAGGAGCUGCUCGACUACGAGGAGGAUGACGUAGCCGAGGCCGAGGCCGUUGGCAAGGCUGGUCAGGAGAAGAAGGGCUAUGUGGGCAUCCACGCGACCGGCUUCAAGGAGCUCAUGCUCAAGCCUGAGCUGCUCCAGGCCAUCGCUGACUGCGGUUUCGAGCACCCCUCUGAGGUUCAGCACGAGUGCAUUCCGCACGCAAUCCUGGGUAACGAUGUGCUGUGCCAGGCCAAGUCGGGUAUGGGCAAGACCGCGGUGUUCGUCCUGUCCAUCCUCCAGCAGCUGGACCCCAAGGCCAACGAGUGCCAUGCCAUCAUUCUGUGCCACACUCGCGAGCUGGCGUUCCAGAUUUGCCACGAGUUCACGCGCUUCAGCGCGCGCAUGAAGGGUGUGACUAUCGGCAACUUCUACGGUGGCAUUCCUGUGACGCAAAACAAGGAGACCCUGAAGAAGGCGGUCCCGAACAUCGUUGUCGGCACGCCCGGCCGCAUUAAGCAGCUGGCCAAGGAGGGCGCGCUGCCUCUGAAGCACGUGCGCUUCUUCGUGCUGGACGAGUGCGAUAAGAUGCUGGAGAAGCUGGAUAUGCGCGCGGACUGCCAGGAGAUCUUUAAGCUGACGCCGCACGAGAAGCAGGUCAUGAUGUUCUCCGCCACGCUAAACCAGGACAUGCGCGGCGUCUGCAAGAAGUUCAUGACCAACCCGCAAGAGGUGUACGUGGACGACGAGUCCAAGCUGACGCUGCACGGCUUGGUGCAGCACUACGUGAUGCUGCACGAGGAGGAGAAGAACCGCAAGCUCAACGACCUGCUGGACGCUCUGGACUUCAACCAGGUGGUCAUCUUCGUCAAGAGCGUGGCGCGCGCCAAGAUGCUCAACACUCUGCUGAACGAGUGCAACUUCCCCAGCGUGUGCAUCUACGGCGGCAUGGACCAGGAGGAGCGCAUCAAGGUGUACAAGCACUUCAAGGAGGGCAAGCACCGCAUCCUGGUGGCCACCGACCUGGUGGGCCGCGGUAUCGACAUUGAGCGCGUCAACAUCGUCAUCAACUACGACAUGCCCGAGUCCGACGACAAGUCCAAGGGCGAGUCCAAGCACGGCAACGGCGCGGACACCUACCUGCACCGCGUCGGCCGCGCGGGCCGCUUCGGCACCAAGGGUCUGGCGAUCACGUUCGUGUCGUCGCAGGAGGACAGCGCGGUGCUCAACGCCGUGCAGGACCGCUUCGACGUGGACAUCAAGCCCCUGCCGGAGAAGAUCGACGCCAGCACUUACAUGAACACCAACUAAUCCAAAUUAGCAAGGGCAUGUUGGAGCAGGGCGCGAGACGGCGCUGGAGGCGAGGGGUGCUUAGGAGGGGUGAACAACUUCACUGCAUGGAGGCCCUGUGAAGAGUGGGCUCUCACGGAGGAUGCGGUUGUACAGGGCUGGAGCUGUCUUUUAGAUGGAGGACGAAGGUGGCUGUAGGCUGAUAGCGUUUGGUUGAUUCGAACGGGACACGGACCAGUUGACGGAUGGGUCAGUAUGUCACGUAACACGUUACUGGUGUUGGGCACAGAUAGGACUGCGAGCAGGUGUUGGGAGGCGAAGUCACCUUGGAGACGAGGGACGCAGCUGAAGGAGGUGCAUGACAUGUUGGACAAGGAGUGAAUGCCGCUGUGCCAAAAAGCUGGCAACAGCGUGUAAUAGAACGCGAGC